GUGAUUGGAAAAACAACAUUUGCACAUCUGCUCCACUCUGAUGCCGCUGCCGGUGGCAUUGCAGUCCCGCCUAGCCAGGCGAGGCCUGCUUAAGCAUGUAGAACCUGAGCCAGAAGAGGAAAUAAUUGCAGAAGAUUAUGAUGAUGAUCACGUUGAUUAUGAAGCCACAAGAAUGGAGAACCUGCCACCAAAUUGGUACAAAGUCAUCGACCCAGUUUGCUGCCUCCCUUAUUAUUGGAACAUAGAAAGUGAUCUAGUUUCAUGGCUCUCGCCUAACGAUCCCAACUCUGUGAUGACCAAAGCAGCUAAGAAGUUGAAGAACAACUUAGAUGCUGAAAGCAAAACAGAACGCUUCCAUGAUAAGAUUGAGCGGGAGGAGGUGAAGGAGCGUCGCUAUCACCGGCGGGAAGAACUGGCCCCCUACCCUAAGAGCAAAAAAGCGAGCCGAAAGGACGAAGAACUGGACCCCAUGGACCCCAGCGCUUACUCAGAUGCUCCUCGGGGAACCUGGUCCACGGGGCUGCCCAAGCGAAAUGAAGCCAAGACUGGUGCAGAUACCACAGCUGCCGGCCCACUGUUCCAGCAGCGCCCUUAUCCAAGCCCUGGGGCAGUCUUGCGUGCGAACGCAGAAGCUUCUCGAGCCAAGCAACAGGACUGAGAUGCCCACUCCUCCUUUCAUCUUUGAAUGUGUGCAUUAAGUUCUGCAAGGCCCGCUUCAGGACUCCCUCUGGACUACAGACUGGGCCAGCGGUAGUCUUUCCAAAUCUUUACUACAACUCUGGCAUGUCAGCGGUAAGAGAGGGUGAUUUUUUUUAUCAUUCAGUGGCUUCCGAAAAGCUGCAAAGUUCCCAACAUCUUCAGGGCUUUCAGGAGGCGGUGCACCCUGCAGAAGAAGUUUCACAUGUUUGACUUGCUAACUUCUGCAGAGGACAGUCUCCAUCUCCUUCUCCCAUUCCGCUACGAAUUUCUUAAAAAAAAAGAAGUGGAGAGAAAACCCGCUUCAUUUUUUCCCAUAUAACAAUUUUGAUCAGCUUAUAAUAUUUGCAUAGCAUAAAGAAAAACAUUUGCAGACAGGUUUGUAGAGUCUGGCCAGUAAGCACCAGCCAAGGCAAGGAGAUGGAAGCCAGCACACCUUCCUGCUCUCCUCCUCCUCUCUCCCCCCCCACCAUCGGAGUAGCUAUAAGACACACAGCUCUUGGAUACUGCUUAAAUGACCAGAUGACACCUGAGCUGGCUUGCUUUAGAAAUCUGUAUUAUGUUUUUACAAGAAUAAAUAAAAUAUACAAA